AUGAUUGAACCCACCAAAACCCUUUUAGUCCCUCAUUUGGGCGGCAUCCAUGUAGGUCAUCGACUUUCUGCGCCUAUCCUAGACCCAGCAAAGCCGACCCUCGUUCUAUUCAACCCAUUCACCACCACCGCGGAUUAUUACUUGUCCCAAUUCGAAGAUAAAGCUCUCACAGAUGCGCUGAACCUAGUAGCCAUUGAGCCCCUCGGGCAUGGAAUAACCCAGCUCAAGAAGACGGAAUCGUUCACCUACUGGGACUCCGCAAUCAUGAGCCUGCAACUCCUUGAUGCUCUCGGAAUCGACAAAGUCUUCGCCUCAGGGACCUCACAAGGCGGGUGGAUCGCCACGAGAAUGGCUUUACUGGCACCUGACAGGGUCAAAGGUAUCAUCCCCAUUGGAAGCAGCAUGGACGCUGAAUCGCCCCGGAGCCGAGAGCUCGGAUGCUGGGAUGGACCAGAGGCCUGUUCUGGCUUAGUCGGCAUCGCAGGGGACGCGGCGCCAGCUCAUGACUUUGAACCUGGAGACGGCUACUGUGAUUUUCUGAUGAAGAUUGGUUACGGUGCGGCCGUCACUCCAGAGAUCCGGGAUUUCUGGGCCAGUAGCCUCAAAAAGAACUACAGUGGAGAUGAAGGCAAGAAGCGAAUCUGCAUGGCCGCUGUAAGCCUUGCAGAAAGGGAUGGGUUGAGAGGGCGUCUACCAUAUAUUAGGUGUCCUGUGCUCUGGUUCCAGGGAACCGACGAUGUGGUAUUUAGUGUGCGCCAGGCUGAGGAGGACAUGAGGCUAUUUACCAACUCGGCCCAUGCUAAACUUGUCACCUGCAGGAUUCCCGUUCGCCUCCGUGGACUAUGUCAGCUACGGCCCAAACUGACCCGCAAGAAAGCUGGGGAUCAUCCACAGGAGCCAGUGCGGGUGAAGGUGGUGGCCCAAACAAGAGACGCAGAGUUGCUCUGGCUUGCAGUAACUGCCGGCAUCGGAAAACGCGGCCGUCCAAAAUGCUCAUUGUGUAGCGAGCUGGGUUGCGAGUGCUUGUAUGAACAGGCUGGCGUUGCUACUAGUCUGACGGUCGGCAGAAGCUACCUUGAACGGUUGGAAAAUCGACUCAAGGACAUAGAAUCUACCUUGCAGGAAGUUCAGCGUAGUCAGAAAUCGGUCUCGGGUGAUGCUUCUUCGUCUACAGCGGAAGAUCGAGUAAGAGAUGGCAACGUCUGCGGCCAGGAUGAAGAGGAGGAGGACGAAGGAACCAUGAACCAAGCGGCUUCAGACCAUCUCAUCUAUCCCAACAACGGUGGGAUUGGGGAGAUCGACAACGCCGAGGAUUCUAUAGAUGGGAUGGGGGCAAUCAAGUUCACCGAUGAAGAAGAUUGGGGAUAUUUUGGCCCAUCAUCUAACAUUGCGUUUCUCCGCCACAUCUCCUUGGGCAUGGCUCGCAUUGGCAACUGGCGCGAGGCUUUCCCUUCGCCGUCCAACCAAGCCCGAGAAGUUUCGGGAGGCAUGAGCGUGUCACGUCCACAUCAAGCCGCCGACGACGAAGCAGCCGAGAGGCGGCAGUACCGUGCCCGCGCAGGGGUCAACAUCUAUGCCCUGCCGUCCGAGGCCCGCACGUGGAGCCUGAUACGCGAAUACUUCCAAAAGACUGGCCAGCUACUACCAUUUGUCCACGAAGAGUGGUUCUGUGCCACUUAUUUCGAGAUGAAGAGGAACAAUUUCACCAUGGCCCGCCGGACGUGGCUUGGGCUGCUCAACAUCAUCAUGGCCAUGGCCGCCACCCUUUUCGUUGAGUCAAAUGUAUCUGCCGAGGAAAGAAUCGAAGAAUCUGAUGUGUACUAUCAAAGAGCCAACGGACUUUGCGAUAAGGAGUCACGGCGCAAUAUCAGCGUGGAACUAGUACAAUACCUUCUCAUCCUAGGACAAUAUCUACAAGGAACACAAAAGUCUGUUCAAGCAUGGACUGUCCAUGGAUUGGCAAUAACCACCGCUUUUCAGCUUGGCCUCCAUUCUCCCAAAACCAACAACCGAUUUCCUCCCCUUGAAAGCGAAAUACGAAAGCGUGUCUGGUUUGGGUGUAUUCUUUUAGAUCGUAUGACAUUUGGACGCCCUUCCAUGAUACCCGAGGGUUAUCUGAGACUUGAGCUACCGGCUCCUACACUACAAGUCAUGGGUCAAACACCACAACCUACUCCUGCGCCUCAGAUGGAUGCCAUGUUCUUUACUGCCACAAUAACACUAUACAAUAUAAUGUACAAAAUCAUCGACUCUUGCUAUGGCCAGAACCUUGGAUUAGAGGAGUUCCGCACCGACUCCGAUCUGGUUACCCUUACACUCAAGGGAGAGGAACAACUUGAUGAAUGGCAGUCAUCACUUGGACCACUGCAGAUGUCAGUGUACAACACACCCCUCGGCCCCCAUGACCUUGAGAACAUGGACGAGGACAACAGACUCAUGGAGAGGUUCAUAAUAGUCCUGUCCGUACGUUAUCAUAACCUUCAGAUUCUACUGCAUCGGCCUCUGUUGGAGAAGUUUCUGGAUGAUUGCGGGCGUGUGUCAGCAAGCAAUAAUUCCAAAUCCAGCGUAGAUCGCAGUAUGGUGCAGCAGCUCGGCAUUAGCAGCAUCGAGACAUGUAUUACCUCGGCCAUGAUUGUUAUAUCCAUGGUUCGUACGGUGGUAAUGUCCAGUGGUUGGAGGCGUGACCUUCUUGGCGCGUGGAACUACUCUCUAUUCUAUACAUUCAAUGCCGGCUUAGUGAUAUUCGCAGCAACACAUGUCGCGCAUGAUGAUUGCAAAAGCGACACGGAGCGGUUUUCUCGGUGGAAAUUUGUCGAGAAGGCCCUGCCAUACUUCAAUAUGGCCAUCGAGGCAUUACAGAAUCUCGAUCGUGGAAAUCGUGUUGUAGAGCGCUGCGUCAGCUAUCUCUCACAACUUAGCUUGGCACCCUUGGGCUCAGCCUCAUCAGGACCGUCUCAUGAUUAUAGCCAUGAAACCACUCACCCUGGGGAGGCUAACGGAAGCGUUGGUCAUGGAGCACCUGCAGUGAGAGUUUCAAACGGCUUCAUGGCCCUAAGGCAGUUGCCAAUGGAAAUCGAUCUCAGCGAGUUUAUGCUGGACACCGAUUUUGACUUUUUCCAAUAG